AUGCGUGCGAUACUAGCGACGUUGGUCGUCCUGACUGUCGCAACUACAGCGAAGGCAUCGGACGGCAGAGCGCGUAUAGUAUGCUACUUCAGUAACUGGGCCGUGUACCGGCCUGGUGUGGGUCGCUAUGGCAUUGAGGACAUCCCCGUGGAGAAAUGUACACACAUUAUAUAUUCAUUUAUCGGAGUCACUGAAAAAACAAACGAAGUUUUGGUCAUUGAUCCAGAGUUAGACGUAGACAAGAACGGAUUCAAGAACUUCACAUCGCUCCGCUCCUCCCACCCUGGCGUCAAGUUCAUGGUGGCUGUGGGUGGUUGGGCUGAGGGAGGCUCGAAGUACUCCCAUAUGGUUGCUCAGAAGAGCUCGCGAAUGAGCUUCGUGCGCAGUAUAGUUGCUUUCUUAAAAAAAUAUGAUUUUGAUGGUUUGGACUUGGACUGGGAGUAUCCUGGAGCUGCGGACCGCGGAGGCUCCUUUUCUGACAAGGACCGCUUCCUGUACUUUGUACAGGAACUGAGGCGUGCCUUCAAUAGGGAAGAGGGAAGAAACUGGGAACUGACUGCUGCGGUGCCUCUCGCUAACUUCAGACUGAUGGAAGGUUACCACGUACCGGAUCUUUGCCAGGAAUUAGACGCCAUUCACGUCAUGUCAUACGACUUGCGGGGCAACUGGGCCGGAUUUGCCGAUGUACACUCGCCUCUCUACAAGCGUCCUCACGACCAGUGGGCUUAUGAGAAACUAAAUGUGAACGACGGACUUAAUCUGUGGGAAGAAAAGGGCUGCCCGUCCAAUAAGUUGGUCGUAGGCAUUCCGUUUUAUGGUCGUUCAUUCACAUUGUCCGCGGGCAACAAUAACUAUGGUCUGGGGACUUAUAUCAAUAAAGAGGCUGGAGGAGGCGAUCCUGCCCCUUACACUAAUGCAACUGGUUUUUGGGCUUAUUACGAGAUCUGUACCGAAGUCGAUAAAGAAGGAUCAGGCUGGACUAAGAAAUGGGACGAGCACGGCAAAUGUCCUUACGCUUACAAGGGCACCCAAUGGGUCGGAUACGAAGAUCCCCGUAGCGUAGAGAUAAAAAUGAACUGGAUUAAGGAGAAGGGAUAUCUCGGAGCGAUGACCUGGGCAAUCGAUAUGGACGACUUCAGAGGCCUCUGCGGGGAGAAAAAUCCCCUAAUUAAUUUGCUCCACAAACACAUGAGCUCCUAUAACGUCCCCCCACCACGUACCGGUCACACCACCCCUACCCCGGAGUGGGCGCGGCCGCCGUCGACGACUUACGAUCCGGCAGAGGGCGCCCUUGUCACCACAACUACGACUAGCGCCCGACCCACUACGUCUAAGGAGACUACUACAUCCACAAUGUUGACAUCGACUACAACCAAAGCAACGUCAACUACGGAAGCGGUCACUGACGCCCCGCAAUCAAUUAACAACAAACCAGAGGAACCGCCAACGGAGAAUGAGGUGGACAACCCUGAUGUCUGCGAUGCGGAAGACGAUUACGUUCCAGAUAAGAAAGCCUGUGAUAAGUACUGGCGUUGUGUUAAUGGUGAAGCGGUGCAGUUUACUUGCCAACCAGGAACCGUAUUCAACACCCAGCUUAACGUUUGCGACUGGCCCCAAAAUGCUAAGCGCCUAGACUGCAAUUAA